AUGUUCAUCUGCAUCCGGCACGGCGACAACCAGCGCUUUCUGGCCAACACCGACUGCCCGGUGCUGCUGCUGCUGCUCUACGUGCGGAGGAAGGCAGGGGCGCCGGCGGGGGCAGUCAUCGACCUGUGCGACGCGCUGGGCACCCCCAAGCUGCUCUUCCAGGCCAAGGCGCAGAGCGAACGGGCCAGCAAGUUCUUCCCGGUGCCCGGCGCCUGCUACUACGUGUGCCGCGUGGAGCUCGGGGCGCCCGGUGGGUGCCCCUCCGCGUGCCCCCCCCUCAACCCCAGCCCGGCGGGGCACCUGGGGCGCUGCAAUGAGCGUGCCGGGGCUCUGCCGCAGGGCCGCAGCAGGAGCGUGCGUGCCGGGCCUUCGUGCCCCUCCUCAAGGACCCCAGCCCGGAGCUGA